AUGGUUCAUAGUUCAGGAAGUGGGCUUCAUAUCCCUUUAUUGUUUUGGUUUNCUGGUGUGAUCGAGAUUGAGAAUCCGAACAGAGUGAAACAGAAAAUGAAGAAAGCCUCUCAACUUGAUACUGUAGCAGAUAAGCCCCAGUUGUCCCGGCGUGAACGAGAGGAACUGGAUAAACAGAAAGCUAAACUACAUUAUCAAAAAAUGCACGCUGCUGGUAAAACAGAAGAAGCAAGAGCAGAUUUGGCCAGGCUUGCGAUCAUAAGAAAGCAACGCGAGGAAGCUGCAUUGAAACGUGAAGCUGAUAUCAAAGCAAAAGAAGAAGCAUCCAAGGCCAAACAAACCGCAACUGCCAAAGCCCUCGGAAAGAAAUAAUAUGUCCGUCUGGACAGACGAAUCUAUCUCCGGACGGACGAAUCUGUUCUCGGUGCUGGACGGACGAAUCUAUAGAGCCUCGUCUUAAAGGGAUUGCUAAC